AAAAACACUGUAACAUUUCCAGUGUACAUCCUGCAAUUUGGUUUAACCUCAGUAUAUUCACAAAACAACUUGCAAUUCAUGGAUUUCUUCUCUUUUCUUAUUUUACUGGAUUUCUAAAAUAAUACAAUGAUAUAUCGUUUAUGGACAACAAUGAAUAAUAACACAGGAUACAAGAGCACACAAUGGACAAUGAUAUGGCAAGUACUUUGCUUUAUUUUAUUAUUUAUCAAUCAUGUCUCUAGCCAGUUACAAUACUCAAUACCUGAAGAAAUGAAGCUGGGAUCAGUAGUUGGCAAUGUCGCAAAAGAUAUUGGUUUGAAUGUUAAAGAUUUAUCAUUUAGAAAAUUUCAAAUCAUUUCUCAAGUUAAAAAACAGUAUUUUAAUAUUAAUUUGGAGAAUGGAGACUUAUAUGUGUCAGACAGAAUUGAUAGAGAGAUAUUAUGUGAUGCUAAACAGAGCUGCUUUAUACAUCUUGAAGCUGUCAUUGAAAAUCCUUUGAAUUUGUAUACAGUCACCAUUGAAAUACAGGAUGUAAAUGAUAACUCACCUACUUUCUCUAAGAAAUAUUUUGAUGUGGAUAUAAAUGAACUUACAUUACCUGGUGCACGUUUUACUUUAAGUAAUGCAAAAGAUCCAGAUCUAGGUUCCAAUUCUAUACAAAGUUACACACUUAGUGGUGAUGACUGUUUCAGUUUAGGAGAAAAAAUCACUAGAAAUGGAAUUAAAUAUCCUGAAAUUAUACUAGACAAACCACUGGACAGAGAGAGGAAAAGUUUCUAUGACUUAACGUUGACUGCUACUGAUGGGGGUAAACCUCCAAAAUCUGGCACUGCUUUUAUUAAGGUUAUAGUACAAGAUUUUAAUGAUAACUUUCCUCUAUUUAGUCAAGACACAUAUCACAUAAAAUUAUAUGAAAAUGCACCUGUUGGCUUUCUAGUAAUUCAGUUAAAUGCAACGGAUGAAGAUGAAGGUUCAAAUGCCUUAAUAGCUUAUUCUUUUAGCCACAUUCCUGAAAACGCAAAACAAAUAUUUAAAAUUGAUUCAUCUAAUGGUGAUAUAAAGGUAAUAGGCAAUUUGGACUAUGAAGCAUCAGAUACUUAUGAGAUGACUGUUGAAGCUAAUGAUGGUGGAAGUCAUGUUGCUGUUUGCAAGAUAUCAAUACAAGUGAUUGAUGUAAAUGAUAAUGCUCCAGAAAUAACAAUUACGUCUCUCUCAGCAACAAUUCCAGAGAACUCUCCACCUGGUACCCUCAUAGCAUUGAUUAAUAUUCGUGAUCUGGAUUCUGGGAUGAAUGGUGAGGUAAUUUGUCAGAUCUCUGACACAUUGGAUUUUCAACUAAUGCCCUCAUCUAGUAGCUACUACAAACUACUAACAGCAACAAACAUGGACCGAGAAAAGAAGUAUAUGUAUAACAUUACAAUUGAAUCUAUAGAUAAAGGAUCUCCUUCACUGUCCAGCAAUAAAACUAUUCAGUUGAUUAUAAUUGAUGUGAAUGACAAUUCACCAGUUUUUGAGAAAAUGAACUACAUUGUCUACAUUGUAGAAAAUAACCAACCAGGGAACUCGAUGCACAAUUUUCAUGCUUCAGAUCUUGAUAGUAAUGAAAAUGGAAAAAUUACAUACAGCAUUUUAAAUAGCAAUAUAGAAAAUAUUCCAGUAUCAUCAUACAUUUCGAUAAACUCAAUCACUGGGGUUCUUUAUGCUCAGAGAUCAUUUGACUAUGAACAGUUACGAGAAUUUCAGUUCCAGGUAAUGGCUAAAGACAGCGGAUCUCCUCCUCUAAACAGUAAUGUUACUGUGAAGAUAUGUAUAAUUGAUAAGAAUGAUAAUGCUCCUAAAAUUCUCUACCCCUCACCAGAUAAUGAGGGAUCAGCAUUAUUUGAAUUUAUUCCUCACUCUGCUGAGAAAGGUUAUCUAGUGACAAAAGUGAUAGCCGUGGAUGCUGACUCUGGACACAAUGCCUGGCUCUCCUAUCACUUACUGCAAGCUACUGAUGCAUCACUUUUUAAUAUUGAUCAAGGUACAGGGGAAAUUAGGAUAGGACGAGACCUUCAGGACAUGGAUUCUUUGAGACAUAAGGUUGUGAUUCUGGUGAAAGACAAUGGACAUCCUUCUUUUUCAUCUACAGUUUCUUUAACUUUGGUUGUGGCUGAAAACUUUCAGCAAGUUUUUCCAGAGAUAAUAUACAAACCUACUGAUUCAAAAAUAUCAUCUAAUGUAACAUUCUACCUGGUAGUAUCCAUCGCCCUGAUUUCCCUUUUAUUCAUUGUGACAGUGAUGGUUACAGUAAUCUAUAAAUGCAGAAAAUCAGAUACUCAAACAUCUUUCAGAAAUAUUAGUAGAGAUGUGUAUCCUCAAUUCACCCUGGGAUGUUCUUCUGAGAUCAGUGAUGGGAGCUUGCCUUUCCCAUUCUCUUAUGAUGUGUGUGUGACCCUUGACUCAAAGCAGAAUGAAGUUGCCUAUCUGAAACCGGUCCAGAAUGUUCCCACAGACAAUCUCAUUGACACAGGUGAUUCCGCAGCUGUAAAUGGUUCUUCAAGCAAUGAUUUGCCUAAUAACAAUGCUGCAUUCUGUUUAUUAUAACUGUGGUUAAUAUAUAAAAAUCAUUCUAUAAAAUAUAGAAUUUCACACUGGAAUGCAUAUUUGUAGUAUAUCCACAUAUGCAUAAUCGAAUAAACAUACAUAAACAUUACAUACAAACAUUUUGUUUGUAUGAGAUGCUAUCAAUGUUCAGAUCUGUUUAAUCUUAUCAAAAUUCUAUUUUGGAAUUCAAAUAGUGAAUUUACAUCAGUCAAAUCCCUACUUACUACUCUCUGAAUUUAUUUUACAAGUGGGAUUAAUUUAGUACAUUUUGGAGCCCAUAAAGAGUUGUCAAAAACGUCAUCAGUGCAUAUCUCUGUACAUAUCUCUACGGCAACAGCAUAGUUUCACAGAUCCACUGUGUUUGAAUGUGCAUGUUUUAAAAUUUAUA